UAUCACACCCCGCAUUUAAAAACAUAGCUUAAAUCUUUUGGGAUGAGCUGUCACGUAUGUUCUCGUGCUCCAACAUCGCGACUUAGAUACCUUUGCCCUACUUGUGCCCGCAACCAGCUCUAUCAGCUCCGGAUCGAAACUGCCAGGGUCCUUCUAGAGAAAGAGUCCUUAGAACACCAGAUCGAUAAUGCAGUAUCCUCUAUAAAUACUUUCGAGGUUCCUUUUGACCAGUCUGGUGCUGGGAAUUCCAGGAUCCAAGAUGAGGACCACAGAGUCUGGGUCAUGCAGACCAUCGCCAAUGAAAAAGCCAAAUCCUCUACAAGGACAAAGACACUUGCAAGUCAGAUCGAGACCUUACAGCUUGAGAUCAGGGACAAACAACGCCACAUUUCUGAGCGCAAGCUGACGCUCGCGCGACGCCGUUCCGAUGCUGAAUCUGCGAAGUAUCAGUUGGUGGACCGUGAAGCAGCCACCUUAUCUAGCAUACAAAACAAUGCCAAAAGGACGGAUCACCUCUGGAACUCACUGCACAGUAAGACAGCUGAGGCUCGGAUAUUCCUAUGUCGGGAAGCCGCCUACCUUUAUAACCUACGGCAAAGACUCAGAAAGAAAGACGAUGAUGUUAAAGAGGUAUAUACAAUUGGCGCUAUACCUAUACUAGAUCUUAGGGACAUGAAUGGUGCUACACCAUCACAGAUCUCGACAUCCUUCGCCUACAUUGCUCACCUUCUAGUGCUUGUGUCACAUUACUUGUCCCUAAGGCUUCCUGCGGAGAUAACCCUUCCUCAUCGGAACUAUCCUGCACCUACCAUAUACGCACCCUCCGGAUCCUACGUUCCCCGCGAGAUGUCACCAGCAUCAAGUAUGUCGCAACCCUCACCUUCCAGUCCAACUUCAUCGCGAACAGCGGAAGUGCGAUCAUACUUACCUCGACCUCGACCACUUUCUAUUGACAGAAGUCUCCCAAAACUUGCCAAGGAGGAUCCAGGGACGUAUGCCCUGUUCAUAGAGGGGGCGACACUACUGGCUUGGAAUGUGUCCUGGCUUUGCCGGACUCAAGGGCUCAAUUUAGCAUCGGAUUCUUGGGAGGAAGUCUGUAGCAUUGGCAAGCAUAUGUGGUAUCUCCUUGUUGCACCUCCUACACAAACAUCGGCACUCAUCAGAGCGUUCGCUGGGCGAGACGUACAAUCAAAGGUGAAGAUCACGAAGGAUUCCCCCAGAACAAUUAUACAAAGGACAAAAUCGUUCCCAAUGCUAGGUCAUUACUCCCAUGGUACUGUGCAUUCUUUCCUCGCCGCCUCGGAGGGGACGGAAUUCACGCGCACAUGGAAGCUUCCAACUCCAACGAAGGUUGCAGACAAACUGAAGUCAAGCUUGUUAGGUGAAAUGGCCAGUGCUGAAUGGGAAGUGCUAGAGAAGAAGGAAUGGGAUGACAUACCUCAGACUUCAGUACAGCCCAUUCAUGAGUCCUCAUUCAAUCGGGACGGUGGGAAGGGUCAUAUCAAUAUGCCAAGCACGGAAAUGUCGGGGAACAAUAGUACUGGUCUAGAGACCUCAAAUGAACCAAUGAGCUCUAAUCGGCUCAGAGGUACUAGUGGUUGGACUAAACUGAGAAAUAGGUAGUAGUAAUGUCACCUCUUUGUAUCAAAACUAUUACUGAAGGAUGCUAUUCAACUUUUUGUAAUGUAGAUCUUCA